GGGGGGACGGAUAGAGACGAGAGAACAGAUCGGAGCAGAGCACGGUGCCGACCUAGGGUUCCGACCCUAGGUCCGGCGACGGCAAUUGCACAGCGGUGACGACGACGGGAGGUCUGGACGGAGACGGCAAGGCGAGAUCGAUGCUUCGGUGAUUGGGAACUCCCCCGACUCCUAGCUUCUGUGCACUGGAUAGAUCACGGAAGCUGUUAGAUCUCAAUCAAAGUACAUACAUAGACAAGGUCCUUGCUAGAUUCAGCAUGUAUGAAUCGAAACGAGGAAGUUUGCCUAUGGUCCAAGGCACGAGUCUUUUUAAGACUCAGGGUGCUUCCACUCCAGAGGAAGUAGAACACAUGAGAAAUGUUCCUUAUGUGUCGGCCAUUGGAUCCAUCAUGUAUAAGAUGGUAUGUACGAGACCUGAUGUCGCCUUUGCUCUGAGUGUCACGAGUAGAUACCAGUCCAACCGUGGCGAAAGCCAUUGGACGGCUGUGAAGAACAUCCUUAAGUACUUUCGUAGGACUAAGGAUGCCUUCCUGGUAUAUGGCGGAAAAGAAGAGCUCAGUAUUGUUGGAUAUACUGAUGACAGCUUCCAGACUGAUAGAGAUGGCUUCAAGUCGCAGGCAGGCAUCAAGAACCCUAUACCGUUGUUUUGCGACAACAAUGGGGAAAUUGCACAAGCGAAAGAACCUAGGUCUCACCAGAAGACCAAACACAUCGUUAGACGUUAUCACAUCAUACGAGAAAUCAUUGCACGUGGGGACGUUGAGAUUUGCAAGAUAGGUACAGACGACAAUAUCGCGGAUCGGUUGACGAAGGCUUUGGGAAAGCCUAAACACGAGAGUCAUACGUGGUCCAUGGGCAUUUAAGAAAUGCUUGAUUGGCCUUAGGGAGAGUGGGAGAUUGUUGUAUUUAGCUAGCGGUAAUCAAAUACCUAUGUAAACACUUUAUCAUGAAUGAAAGGCUCUGAAGUAU